AUGGAUCAGUUGGAGCAGAAUCAAGUUGCUAUGAGGGAGGAUAUGACCACUGUGAAGGCUCCGAUGGGUCAACUUGUUGAAGCCCUACAAGCUCUGGCUAGGGGACAAGAGGAAAUGCGUCAGGCUAAUCUGAGAGCCUCUACUGACAACCCUGCUGUUGUAGCUCAGCCAUCUCCCGAAAGAGGUCCGUUGUACCAAAAUGCUAAUCAGACGUUCAAUAUCCCCGCCAAUGGGAGAUUCCAACCUGAGAUUGACGAUCAGCAUGACGCUUUCUUCACUACAAAGGCUGACUCAGUUUAUGAAGCUUUUGGUCCUUCUCCUGCUGACAUCGAAAGGAGAUUUCAAAUGAUGGAGGAGAGAUUCAAGGCGAUGCAAGGUCCUGAUACCUUUGGGUUGGAUGCUGCCGACAUGUGCCUGGUGCCAAACGUGAAAAUUCCUUCCAAGUUCAAAGUUCCGAGCUUUGAAAAGUAUCAAGGGGUCACUUGUCCAAAGACCCAUAUCCGAGCUUUCUGCAGAAAGAUGGCCGCUCAUUCUAAGGACGAGAAACUCUUAAUGCACUUUUUCCAGGACAGUCUUAGUGGAGCUUCUCUAGAAUGGUAUAUGCAACUCGAGCGCACGCAUAUACGAACCUGGAGGGAACUUGCUGAAGCCUUCUUGAAGCAUUAUCAGUAUAACUCAGACAUGGCUCCCAAUUGGACUCAACUCCAAAGCCUUUCUCAGAAGCUGGAUGAAUCAUUCAAAGAGUACGCUCAACGAUGGAGAGACCUGGCUGCCAGGGGUCAACCCCCUCUUCUUGAAAGAGAGUUGAUAAACAUGUUCGUGGACACCCUUCAAGGGUCGUAUUUUGAAAAAAUGAUUGGGAGUACCACCUCGGGAUUCUCAGACUUGGUCAUUGCCGGCGAGCGAAUUGAGAAUGGCUUGAAGAUCGGUAAAAUACAAGAUACAACCGCUGUGGCUAAUGGAGCAAAGAAGCCUUAUUCUGGAUUCUCAAAGAAGAAGGAAGGAGAGACCAAUGCUAUCGCUCAAGGGGGGUAUGAAGGUUACCAAAUGCCAUACUAUCCAGUGGCAGCAGUAACACCUAACCCAUAUCCACAACCAGCGUAUGUCAUUCCAACUGGUCCUCCAGCGAUGCAAUAUCAGCAGCCCUAUGCUCCUCAGCAACCUGUUGCUCCGCAACAAUAG